UCUCGGCAACCGUCGCCGCAGCGGAAUGUCUUUGCGUUUACAGCUCCGAGGAGAGCUUUAUUCGGUUUAGCUACGUUUUUUCAGUAGUGGUAUUCACUAUAGGGUUCUCGAUUCUCUCUCAGUGGUGCAUUGGCGUUUUGAUGUGGGUGUCAAGUGUCUCCAAAGUGGAAAUUAGGUCUACUUUCAGCUCAUCUAAGGUAAACAGGAUAUCUGUGCAGCAAACUAGCUACACGAUUUUUGAUCCGACAGAUGUCUCUGUCACCGGAAUAAAAUGUCAGCACCUGACUCUGACGAAUAGAUUGACACUAUUGACAGUGGCAGUAUUUUCAAUUUUCCAAAAGAGCUUUUGAAAGUUUUUUUGGCAAUUUGUUGAAGUAGCAAAUUUUUGGAACUAACGUGCGGUAAUCAUCGCUGCAAUCAUGUCCUCAAGCUUGUUGAUGUUAAGAAAUGUGACAAAAAUGCCUCUCAAGUGGGCUGCUGCUAGCUUAUCUACAUCGUCUGCCAGAUAUGUUGAACCAGAGAUAAAAAACGAUGUAGCUUUAUUGAAUCCGGAGGAAAUUGAACACAAAAAGAAAUUGCAAAAUUACAUAACCAUUGAAGGAACGACGACAGACAUUUCUAUUAUAACUGGUGUGCCAGAAGAGCAUGUUAAGGAGCGUAGAGUGAGAAUAUAUGAGCCUCCCAAGAACUGUAUGCAGAGUGGCACCAAUAAUAUUGGCCAUUGGGAGAUGGACUUUGACAACCGUGAAAGAUGGGAGAAUCCUCUAAUGGGUUGGACCUCAACGGGUGACCCGCUGUCAAACCUGAAGGUACAAUUUACCUCCAAAGAGGAAGCCAUUGAAUUUUGUGAGAAGAAUGGCUGGAAGUAUUACAUUCAAGAGAGCAAGUUGGAGAAGAAAUUCAAACCAAAAAGCUAUGGUAUCAACUUUUCUUGGAACAAGAGAACUAGAACAUCCACCAAAUAAUGUGUUUGUUGUUUGUAAAUAUAAUUAUUAAUGUAAUAAAAAUAAAUCAUUACUUUUAAUGAA